CUGGCUGUACCGAUGCUGUUCUCUGAUUGGUCGUCUCCAGGUAGCCAUCGACUUCACGGCCUCUAAUGGAGAUCCUCGGAACAGCUGCUCGCUGCACUACAUCCACCCGUACCAGCCCAACGAGUACCUGAAGGCUCUGGUGGCCGUGGGCGAGAUCUGCCAGGACUACGACAGUGAUAAAAUGUUCCCGGCGUUCGGCUUCGGGGCUCAGAUCCCUCCGGACUACAAGGUCUCCCACGACUUUGCAGUGAAUUUUAACGAGGACAACCCCGAGUGUGCAGGUAGGCGCUUUGAUUCCUUCUUCUCUUUGAAAUAA